AUGAAAGUCUUUGUUGUACUGGCGCACCCAGAGCCUCAGUCCCUGAACGCAUCGCUGGCAAGAUAUGCUGUGGAGGUGCUAGAAGGCGCAGGACAUGAGGUCAAGGUGUCGGACCUCUACGCAAUGAACUGGAAAGCUGUCGUGGAUGUGAAUGAUUUUCUAGAGUGCAAUCAGGAAGAGCGCCUCAAUAUUGGCAGCGAAUCUCUGCGCUGUAUGAAGAACGGAACCCUCACACCGGACGUGAUCGCAGAACAAGAGAAGCUGCGGGGUGGCGCAGGCUGGGUUGACCGGGUGUAUGCUGCGGGCUUCGCUUAUUUUGUGGGUGAAAGAACGCCGACGCGCCAUUUUGACAAGUUUGGCGAUGGCACCUUGGCGGGAAAGCGAGCCAUGUGCAUGGUGACGGCUGGAGGGACGGCUGCACACUUCAGUGCGCGUGGCAUCAACGGACCGAUGGAUGAUGUUCUGUGGAUCCAGGCAGCCAUGAAGGAGCGGCUGUUGACCCUGGACACCACAGAACCCAUUCCUUACCGCAAGCAGAAUUAUGGCGAUUACACAAUUCCGGACCUGCAGCUGCAACCCGGGCUUGAACAGGAGGGAGACACAGGCUUUGACAUACACAUAAAAAGGCCUUGA